GGGCGUGGCUUACGGUAGUCUCCACUUCCGGAACGACAGAGUUCGUUUCUCUUGCUCGCGCGGUUCUUAACGAAAACCCUCGAAUUCUGUUUCAGAUGUUCCGCCAGUGAACGCCGCGAGUGCACGCGGAUCCGUGCGUGGAGCUCGUUGUGCUCGUCAUCCGCGGGACCCGCUCACCGGCGGCUCGGUUCGGACCGGUUCGCCGCGCGGCGGUCCAGCUGUCAGAAGAUGGGACCCGCGAGCCUCCAGAAGAUCUCUGAGCUGCAGAGGAACCCGAGGAACAUCCGGAACCUCUGCAUCCUGGCGCACGUGGACCACGGGAAAACCACUCUGGCGGACUGCUUGGUGGCGAGUAACGGCAUCAUCUCGAGCCGGCUGGCGGGGAAGCUGAGGUAUCUGGACAGCCGAGAGGACGAGCAGAUCCGAGGGAUCACCAUGAAGUCCAGCGCCAUCUCGCUGCACUACGGGAACGGAGGUCAGGAGUUCCUGCUGAACCUGAUCGACUCUCCGGGUCACGUGGACUUCUCCUCGGAGGUGUCGACGGCCGUCCGCCUGUGUGACGGCGCCCUGGUGCUGGUGGAUGCUGUGGAGGGCGUCUGUCCUCAGACCCAGGUGGUGCUCCGGCAGGCGUGGCUGGAGAACAUCCGGCCGGUUCUGGUCAUCAACAAGAUGGACCGGCUCAUCCUGGAGCUGAAGCUCACCUCCACGGAAGCUCACGACCACCUGAAGAAGAUCCUGGAGCAGGUGAAUGCCGUCACGGGAACCCUGUUCACCUCCAAAGUUCUGGAGGAGCGAGCAGAGAAGGUGAAGGAGGAGGAGGAGAUGGCGGUGGGGGAACAGGUCUACGACUGGAGCGCCGGGCUGGACGAGGUGGACGACUCGCACCUGUACUUCUCUCCGGAGCAGGGGAACGUGGUCUUCGCCAGCGCCGUGGAUGGGUGGGGCUUCAGAACUCAGCAGUUCGCUGACCUGUACAGUCAGAAGAUGGGCGUGAAGGCCGGCGUUCUGCAGAAAACCCUGUGGGGGGAUUUCUACCUGAACGCCAAAGCGAAGAGGAUCAUGAAGGGAGCUCAGGCCAAAGGGAAGAAGCCUCUGUUCGUGCAGCUCGUUCUGGACAACCUGUGGAGUCUGUACGACGCCGUGGUCGUUCAGAGAGACAAAGAGAAGGUGGAGAAGGUGGUGAGCUCUCUGGGGCUGAAGCUGAUGUCCAGAGACCUGCGACACUCGGACCCCAAAGUGCUCCUGAGCGCCAUCUGCAGCCAGUGGCUGCCGGUGUCCACGGCGGUGCUCUCCAUGGUUUGUGAGAAGCUCCCCAGUCCGCUGGACGUCGGCGAGGAGCGCGUGGAGAAGCUGAUGAGCGUGGGAGCUCGCCGCUUCGACUCGCUGCCGGAGAAGACGCAGGAGCUGAAGACAGCAUUCCUGCAGUGUUCCAGCGCAGAAGACGCUCCGGUCAUCAUCUUCGUAUCCAAGAUGUUUGCCGUGGACACCAAAGCGCUGCCUCAGCACAAGCAACGGCCGUUGAACCAGGAGGAGAUGGCUCGGCGCCGAGAGCUGGCACGCCAGCGACACGCUGAGAGGAUGGCCGCGGCAGAAACCCACCUGGUCGCACCUGAUAGCCGGGAUACAGAACCUGAGUCAGCUAAGACGGAGCGUUCCACACAGCCAGAGGAGGAGGAGGAGCAGAAGGAAGUCUUCAUCGCCUUCGCUCGAGUCUUCAGCGGGAAAGUCAAGAAGGGUCAGAGAGUGUUUGUUCUCGGACCAAAGUACGACCCCGCCCACGGCCUGCGGCUGCUCUCUGAGGGGAGCAGUGACUCCGAGGUUCCUCACCUGUCCUGCUGCUCUCUACAAACUCUGUACCUGCUGAUGGGGAGAGAGCUGGAGGAGCUGGAGGAGGUUCCUGCAGGAAACGUUCUGGGGAUCGGCGGUCUGGAGGAUUUCGUCCUGAAGUCGGCGACGCUGUCGGUCUCGCCUGCAUGCCCCCCCUUCACCCCCAUCAACAUGGAGGCCACACCCAUCGUCCGGGUCGCCAUCGAGCCCAAACAUCCAAGCGAGAUGCCAAAGCUGGUGCGCGGGAUGCGUCUGCUGAACCAGGCUGAUCCGUGCGCAGAAAUCCUCAUCCAGGAGACGGGAGAACACGUCCUGGUCACGGCGGGGGAGGUGCACCUGCAGCGCUGCCUGGAUGACCUCCGAGAGCGGUUUGCUAAGGUGGAGAUCAGCGUGUCAAAGCCCAUCAUUCCCUUCAGAGAGACGGUCGUCCGUCCUCCUAAAGUGGACAUGGUCAACGAGGAGCUGGGAAAGCAGCAGAAGGUCGCCGUCAUUCACCAGGUGAAGGACGACUCCUCUCAAGGUCGUGUGUCUGACAGCGUGCAGGUGGACCCCGGCGGCCUGGUGACCAUCACCACCCCCAACCGACUGGCGACGGUGUCUGUCCGGGCCAUGCCCCUCCCACACGAGGUCACCUCCCUGCUGGAGAGCAGCUCCGACGUCAUCCGGACUCUGGAGCAGAUCAACUUGUCUCUCAGGGAGGGCAAGACGCUGGACAUCAGCUCCAGAACCGUGGAGGCCAUUGCAGGACUGAAGGCCCAGCUGGAGAGUCUGCUGCAGGGCAGGAGGUGGAGGGACGUCGUGGACCAAAUCUGGGCUUUUGGGCCUCGCAGGUACGGCCCCAACAUCCUCCUGAACAGCCUGAAGGACUACCCGCGGCCCUCGCCGUGGCAGUGUCUGGACCGGGCCAGCAGAACCCCCCAGGCGGGCCCCGCCCUCAGAGACUUCGACAACAGCAUCGUCAGCGGGUUCCAGCUGGCCACUCUGGCGGGGCCCAUGUGUGAGGAGCCCAUGAUGGGGGUCUGCUUCUCCGUGGAGAGGUGGGAGGUCCGGACGCCCGCCCCUCUGAAGGAGGACGCGGCGCGCUCUUCUGAGGCCUCGGGCGGGGCGGCGGGGUCCAGCCAGGCGGACUGCUACGGCCCCGUUUCUGGACAGCUGAUCGCCGCCAUGAAGGAGGCCUGCCGCCAGGCCUUCCAGGCGCAGCCACAGAGGCUGAUGGCCGCCAUGUACACCUGCGAGAUCAUGACCACGGCCGACGUGCUGGGUCGGGUUUACGGCGUUCUGGGGAAGAGGGAGGGUCGAGUCCUCCACGAGGAGAUGAAGGAGGGGACGGACGUCUUCCUCAUCAAGGCCGUCCUGCCCGUCGCCGAGAGCUUUGGCUUCGCCGAGGAGAUCCGCAAGAGGACCAGCGGCCUGGCGAGCCCGCAGCUGGUCUUCAGCCACUGGGAGGUGAUCAGCAGCGACCCGUUCUGGGUUCCCACCACAGAAGAAGAGUACCUGCACUUCGGAGAGAAGGCCGACUCCGACAAUCAGGCGCUGAAAUACGUCAACGCCGUGCGGCGGCGGAAAGGCCUCUACGUGGAGGAGAAGAUCGUGGAGCACGCCGAGAAGCAAAGGACUCUGGGAAAGAACAAGUAGAGACUCUCAGGUUCUGCUGCGUCUGUGGAUCCGGGUUUGGGUUAUCAGAACUGCACAGAUGAGACGUUCUCCAGGCAGUUCCUCUGCAGAACAUCAGAGUUCUGGCUCUGAAACGUGGUUCUGAUCCAGAACAUCAGUUCUUUUCAGUGGUUCUGGACGGGCAGGAGAUCACAGGAAAAACACUAAACAGAACCAAGAUUGUGAGAAACGACGUCCAGAACUCUGAGAUACUCGUGUUUUUUAUGGAUUUGUUGAGUUUUCUAAAUUAUUUAAACUCUAAUGACAAUAAAAAGAUGAAUUUGAAUAAAA